AUACGAAACAACGUCACUUUUAGAUAGAGCAGAGGAGCAUAGUGCAUUCAAAUCGUUUCUUCAGAAAUUUUUAACUGAUAAAAAUAUUAAAAAAGCAAAAAGAGCGCAAGAGUUACUUAACAACUGGGAAGUAUGCAAUUUUUUUUAUGUUUUGGCUCUAUUGACAGGCCAAGAUUCUGCCCAUAUUGCAAUAUGGAUCGCUGAGUUCGGCAAUAAUAAGCAACAACCGAUCGCUGAGUUGGUUGGGAAUUUUGGUAUGAUCGCUAAGUCUAUUGCUGCAACACACUGGGAGAUCGCUGAGUCCAACCCAAAAAUUAAGAGUUCUCCAGAAGUUAAAAAAUUCUGGAAUGAUAUUAAGAUUCAGAAUUUAAAGAAAGAUAUCCAGUAUGCCAAAAUGCAAAAUGAACUAAAAACUUUACAGGUUAAAACUGAAGAUGAAAGGAAUCGAACCAACAUGCUACAGAAUGAUGAUAACGGUUCACAAAAUAAACAACGCAGAACUAGAAGUGAAAGGGCAAUACAAAACUAUUAUGAAUCUUCUAAUUCUGAGGAAAAU